AUGACGAGGGCAGGGCCAGGCCUAGUGACUUGCAUUCCGCUGUUGACACAGACUUUGAGGAAAAAUCCCAGGAAUCCGGUGGUUACCGCUAUGGUGGUACCGGUUGCGCUGCUUCGAAUUGCGUUGAUGUCGUUCAUGUCCACCACCAGGAGGCAGAUAAGUGACAAACUCACCCCGAUAGAGAAUACGUGUAGCAUAAAAUGGACAUGCUGUCCCAUGGACCUCAGUAUCACAAACCCGGCAGAAGCGAUGACAGCAGCCAUCAGCGUGGCGACGACGCCAAAUACCGCUUCGGGGUGGGAACCCAGAGCUGUCGGACGUGUAACCAGUGAUACGCCUAGAAUGUUAAGGACGAGGAUGCCAAAGUCGGAGCGUGUGAAGGGCUCUGAGAGGAAGAUGACGGCUAGCAUAGUGGUUAUGGAUGGCACGGUGGCAAACAGCGUGAGGACGAGGCCUACUGGGAUGCGUGCAAUGGCGACGUUGCCAAGGUAG